GGGACAUUUUGAAGUCCCUCAAGCUUGUUGAGUGUGUAAGUUUCUCUUUUCUUUUUUAGCUUAUUUUAUCAGUGCACCCUUUUGCAUAUAUUUAUGUUUAGUGUUGAAAGUAGUAAGUACUCUUUUUUUUGUAGAUUAAGGGUCUGUCAAAUGUGAAAGAGGAGGUUUAUGGGGCCCUUGAUUCUUUCAUUGUUUGGGAAUUGAAAUUCUCUUUGAAUUCCCUCCGAAAAUUUGUUAAUUCUAAUCUCUCAGCUUUUUGAUUUGGCGAAGUUUUUCAAUUUGCAUCUUCGAUCUAAGUGAAGUUUACGGUUUUUCUGUCAACAGCUGUGUGCUUUGGUUUGAUCAGCAGCUCUGAUUGAUAACUUGAGAUAUGCCAGAGCUUGCUGAGGUUGAAGUGGCUCGUCUUCAUUUCUACAACAACCGCUAUCAGGUUAAGCCCAGUGGCGACCUUCUUUGGCGGAUGCAGUUCCUGAGAGAGAAAAAGUUCAUUCAGACAAUUCCUCCGGUAAAAGUUGAAGAUGGCGAGGUUAUAACCUAUGAAAAAAUCACAGAUGCACUGAGAAGGUCUGUCCACUUCUUCUCAGCAUUGCAGGCAAGCGAUGGCCAUUGGCCUGCAGAAAAUGCUGGCCCUUUGUUUUUCCUUCCUCCUUUGGUAAGUUCUUUGAUUCUCUGUAACUGUAAAUUAUAGUCAUCAAUACUAUCGGUACCAUGGUGAAUAUUGUGGAUAGACAGAAACAUAUACG